AUGAAGAUCCUCUUCCUGUGCACCGCACACAACUCCCUCUCCCAGCGCCUUUACCUCGCCCUCUCGCGCUCCCACGAGGUUUCCAUCGAGUAUGCGCUGUCAGACGACCUGAUGAUAUCUGCCGUCGCUCUCUUCGGACCCGACCUCGUUAUCUGCCCGUUCCUUACGACACUCGUUCCCAAGGCCAUCUACGAGCAAUACCUCACUCUGAUCAUCCACCCCGGCCCACCUGGCGAUGUUGGCCCGAGCGCUCUCGACUGGGUCCUGCUGGGCGAUGACGGGACUGUCGACGAUUCUAAUGAGUUGCUGAAGAAGUUGGAUCGGGAGGAAGCUCGUCCUGGACGGUCGCAUUGGGGGAUUACGGUCCUUCAGGCGAUUGAGGAGUUCGACGCUGGUCCUGUCUGGGCUUUCGAGCAGUUCGAGAUUGAUAUCGAUCAGCCUAGCCUCACCAAGUCUGAGCUCUACCGUACGGGCAUCACGCAGUCGGCUGUCAAUGCUACCAUCGCUGCGAUUGCUAGGAUCCAAGCCGCUGCUCGGUCGAUGACUGGCCCUUACUUGCCAACGAUCAAGUGCGACCCUAGCUAUGCCGUCCUCUCUGUCAGCGACAACACCAAGUUCCUGGGAGGAAAGCUUCAUCACCGGCCACUGCUCAAGGCUAAUCAGCGGGACUUUGAUCUUUCAAGACACACUGCUCAGCAAGUAUCGCGACGAAUUCGAUGUGGUGAUUCUCAGCCUGGCGCCAUGUCGAAGACGUUUGGACCUAACCUCUAUGUCUACGGUGGUGUUGUUGAAGACAACGUCGAAGGCCGCCUUCCCGUCACUGUCGGUCAACUUCCCACCAAGGUCCUCGGCUUCCGCAAGAACGCUGUUUGUGUCUCUACCUGCGACGGCAAGGGUGUCUGGAUCAGCCACGUCCGUCGUCCAAAGAUCAAGAACGACAAGGCGCUCUGGCCAAAGGUCCCUGCUGUCUCCGGCCUCGUCGAGCUCGGCUUGCUCACCGCACAAGACGUCCAAGCAUUCGAAUGGCCAUCAUCCACCGGCUGGACCGUGUCCGCAUGGAAGACCUUUCAAGAAGUCUGGGUCGACUUCGAAAUCGACGACAAGUCCAACAAGACCGCAUACCUCUACUUUGACUUCUAUAACGGCGCCAUAGCUACCGACCAAUGCUCCCACCUCAUCUCUGCCAUGGACUACAUCCUCUCCGAGUCUACCCCUCAAAGCCCUGUCCAAGCCGUCGUCCUCAUGGGCGGCGCGUACUUCAGCAACGGCAUCGCCCUCAAUGUCAUCGAAGCAGCCGCUGACCCAUCUCAUGAGUCCUGGCUUAACAUCAAUCGCAUCGACGACGUUGUGCAGUACCUCCUGCAAGAAUUCCCCGCGAGCAACAUCGUCACCAUCGCCGCCAUCCGGGGCAACGCAGCGGCAGGAGGCGUCGCUCUCGCCACCGCCUGCGACGUGGUCGUCGCCGGCUCCUCUGUCGUCCUCAACCCAGCCUACCGCGGCGUCGGCCUCUACGGCUCCGAAUACCACACGCUCUCCUACUACGGCCGCUGCGGCGAGGAAAACGCCAAACACAUCCUCACCUCCAUGACCCCCCUAAGCCCCCUCCAAGCGCAAUCCAUCGGCCUCGUCGACUACGUCUUCCCGGGCACCGGCACCGUGCUCGAAGACUACAUCCGCACGCACGUCGCCUUCCUCCUCACGCCCGGCAUCCUCAAACAAGGCACCUGGAAACACAACAUCGACAUCUCCCCGGCGGCCAUCGCCCGCGCCCGCGCCAACGAACUCGCCGAGAUGUCGCUCGACUUCUGGUCCGCCCGCUCCGCCCGCUACCACACCCGCCGCUUCGACUUCGUCCGCAAAGUCAAAGCCUCCAAAACGCCCCUCCGCUUCGCCAUCCACCGCCGCACCUUCGACGACACGCGCUUCGACGAGGAGGAAUCCGACGACUUUGACUCCGUCGCGUACUUCCAGCGGCAAGCGGAGAUCCAACUCCUCGCCCGACUCCGCGAGGAGAUGAAGGCUAUGGCCCCUCCCCCUCCGCAACAUGGCGAGAAACGCGGCUCAAUCUCCUCGCAGUAUUAUAUUGGCACGGCGCAGAAGAAGAAGGUCGAAACGGUCUUUUCGUGCUAUUAUAAGCCUGUGGAGGAACUGCCGACGCCGCCGGAGAGUCCGAUGGGGAUUGAGGAGUUGAUGGGCAAGGCGGUGUUGAGGAGCGUUACGAGUGUGAUGUGA